AUGGAUCCGGACACCCACAGCGACCUCGUGGCCCUCUACGCCCUCUACCCGGCCUCCUCCGCUGACCUCACCGCGCUCGCCCCAGCUUGCGACCCGGAAUUCUGCGGCCCCGCCGCCCUCCCCAGCUGGCCCUCAGAAGACCCCAGAUCCCCAGCUUUGGCACCGCCUAGGCUGCAGAUAGAGAAGGCGUAUCUUGCGAUUGCUACGACGCCGGCAUGGCGCGAGGAGGGUGUGACGCUGGUCACGCUGAACAGGUACGACUAUGGCGGUGGGAGUGAGGAAGAAGCGAUGGAUGGGUGGCAGCGGGAGGCGCUUGAGCGGGGUACGCGGCGCAAGUUUUGGACGUGA